UAUUAAGCCUUGAUCGUGCUACUUCAUAGUCAGUUAGUAUAAAAUCAUGCAGCUGUUACCAAGUGUUGUGAUAUCGCUUACUCUUAUAUUCGCGUCUCUUGCGACGCUCACGUUCGCCCAGUUAAAACUUUAUGGAGAGAGUCCUUUUCUAGCAGCAAUAACCAAUUCGGAUGAGCGGCCAGAGUCAGUAAUAUGGCCAAACACCGAGAGACCCACUACAGCGAAAACAACAACAAGAGUGCCGCUAAACAACGAUGAUGACAUACCACGUCGUCUGCCCACCUUAGAGGAGGCGGGUUGCGGAGAUUCACUUGAUUGGAUUUUCUACUACAAGCCCACAGAAGAACAUGACAUGACUGUUAAUUACAACAAAACUGCAUAUUACACACCUUAUAAAGCACCCCCCCUCGCAGUUCAAGGCGGUAUAGAGGCCAAGAAGGGAAAUUAUCCAUGGAUUGCUCUGCUCUUUUACGGUGACGAGUAUAGCUCCGAACAUAGAUGUGCUGGCAGCCUAAUCACCAAAAGACACGUCAUCACAGCAGCUCAUUGCAUUCGAGAAGAUCUCUCCUUUGCGCGUCUUGGCGAACAUGAUGUGUCCACGGAUGAAGACGGUCCUCAUGUUGACAUACCUAUAGUCAAGACAGCGAUCUAUCCUCAUUUUAAUCGUCUUACUAGACGUGGUGAUAUUGCGAUUCUCUACUUGGAACGCAACGUGGAUAAGUUUCAACCUAUUUGUUUGCCACACUCUCCCAAACUACGCUCCAAAUCCUUCGUGGGCGAACACGCCUAUGUUGCUGGCUGGGGCAGUACUCGUGAGGGUGGCAAGAAUGUUGCAGUACUGCAAGAAGUGGCGCUUGACGUCUUCGACAACGAGGCUUGUCGACACGGCUUUGCACAGUUCUAUCGCAACUUCACCGAGGAUCAGUUUGAUAAGGCCAUCGUCUGUGCGGGAGUGCUUGAAGGAGGCAAGGAUUCCUGUCAGGGUGACUCUGGAGGUCCGCUAAUAUCAAUGGUUCCUAGACAUCUCAUUGGCAUUGUCUCAAACGGUAUUGGCUGUGGCAAGCCGGGAGUACCAGCAGUCUACGCCAGCACUCAGUACUUUAUGGACUGGAUACUCGAAAAACUGGAGGAUACACCCUGAAUUUAAAAAAAAAUAUAUUAACUUGAAAGACUAAAUUACUGUCAGUCGUCGAUAGAUACCGGAUUGGGCUAUUAAUAUGUGAUUAGAAAAAUACUACUUGAAAAUGUAAUAUCACAAAUAUAAAACUUAAUAACAGCUUGAGCUGUUCAAACAACAAUUAAGUUGUCUCAGCUAUUUAACAGCUUUAACAGGUAUAAUAUGACGUUGAAUCCGUUUAAAUUAACAUAAAUAAAUGUUAAUAUUUCUUAUUAAAU